AUGGAACAAGAUGCAGAGAGAAGCACCAGCACCACCACUAUUGUUGAGUCAACCCCUGAAGGGCCGGGAUUAGAUCCGAUAGCACGAGUGAGGAAGCUCUUGUUCCGCCAAAUGCUCGUUGGAAUCAAAGACGGGAGAUUCUUCCUUGGCAAUUUCCAUUGCAUUGACAAACAAGGAAACAUAAUUCUCCAAGACACGGUUGAGUAUCGCAGCAUAAGAAGAUCGUCUCCUUCGCCUACCGAACAACGUUGUCUCGGUAUGAUCUUAAUCCCUUCCUCUUGUAGGACGUCUUGCCAUGUCGAUUGCUCUAUCGAGGAACAGCUUUCACUAGUUCAGCUGAAAGAGUAA